AUAUUAUUCAUUUCAAAGAUGAAAUAUAAAAUCUUGUGACUCUUGCUCCUCAUUCUGGUAGCAUACUGCCAGAAUGGAGAGCAAAAAAUUGAAGGUAGGCAUUUUAACAAUUUCCUUGGCCACAACAACAGGGCCAUUAAGCAUCCAGAAGCUUUCGCAUUUAACUUGGGAUUAGCACAAAAAGCUUCCUCAUCAAGUUCAAAUGACGGCAAAGAUGAUCCCUCUACUCAUAAGAAGGAUGACAAUUCAUCUCCUGAGAAGCUACUAAGCUCCCCAGUGUUCUCAGAGUACUAUCACAACAUCUCAUACCCAUCAUGGCAAUGGGUAGAUUGGACGAGAGAAGGACUCUUGAUAUCUCUGACGACCGACAAGCCUGUGUACCAACCAGGAGACACACUCGAAGCGAGGGUUUACUUCUUUAAUUACACUGACAAAUCACCUAUCGCUUGCGAUCACUUUGCACUCAACUACGACAUCCUUGACUCAAAUGACAAUGUUGUUCACUCCAAGAAAGGAAACUUUGGAAAUACUUGUGAUGGAAUCGGAGAAAUCUUUAAGUACGAAAUUCCUGCUGAAAUGAAAGGAGGUGUAUACUACAUCAAGGCUAAUGACUACUCCUCCCCAGCCUCAAUUGUUAAGUUCAGAGUGAGGGAAUAUCACCAGAAAUCUCUUGUCUCAUUUGACUACUCCCAAGAAAGCUAUAGUCCAGGAGAAGAUGCUGAAGGGAAACUAACAGUAAGAAGUACAAAUGUCCAGAAAAUUCCUAAGGGAGCUACAUUUAGCGUAAAAACUGCAGCUGGAGAGACUAAGAAUGAUAUUGCUAUUGAUGAGAAUGGAUCUGGAUACUUCUCAAUCCACAUCCCUGAAGACUGGAGUGAGCCCACCAUGUUCAUAAGCUUCACUCUCCAUCUUGGUGAAAAGGAAUCUACCAAGACUGAUAUUCUCACGAUAAUCCAGAAAGAUACAGUCUAUAUUGAAUUUAUUGCUCAAAGUGGGCCUCUAGUACCAGGAACUUGCCAGAAGAUUUACUUUGAAGCUUUCGCUGACGACAGCAGAGCUGAGCAUGUCAACAUCAUGAACUCCAACAUCUACAAGAACUCCAAAACUGAGACUGAAGAAGUUGCGGUCCCACUCAUAUCUUCUAAGUACCAUGGAAGAGGGGAUUUUGAACUUUGUACUGAAAAAGAUGCGACUUAUGCCUUAAGAUACAAAGGUGUCGACCACGUGCUAAACCCUAAAGAGUACAAUGAAGCCUUUAACUACAAAAAGAUUGAACCUAAAUCUCAAGUUGCAAUGACUCUGAUGAAUCCAGUGAUGGAAAACAAUGAAGAUUUGAGCCUCACCAUCCAAAAUGCUGAUUCUGACAAAACAGCAAACCUGAUGCUCUCGGUUUACAACAAGAAAAUCCUACUCUACAGCCAGAAAGUAUCUGUCGGAGCUUCUGAACUUAAAGUAACCAUCCCAAGCUCUGAGAUAGAUCUUCCAAACGGUGGAGUGGUAUCUAUCAGCCUGUAUGAACUAAAGGAGAAGGAGGAAAAGAAAGAUGAGCAGCAAAGAAUCUACUAUCAUCCUCAAGAAUUCCCAUAUAUCACAGUAUCAGAUACCCUGGCCUUCAUCCUCCCCUGUAAAACUCUUGAAAUCAGAGUCCAAACUGACAAGGAAUCCUACUCUACCGGUGAAGAAGUGAAUUACGAAAUCACCGUUCAUGAUCCAACUACUGGGGCCCAAGUUGAUGAAGAUGUCUAUGUUGACUUGAGUGUCACAGACCUGACUCCAUUCCUUGAAAUUGAGAACAAGAGGCAGCCUGCCUCCUUAGUGGCUUCUGUAUAUCUCCAAAAAGAGGUCAAUAUAACUAAGGAAUAUGAAUUCCUGAAUGCGAAUGAGUACCUGAACUACCUCUACACCGGAGACAGUUCUGAUAGCGACGAAGCCAAGGAGAAGAUCGAGCUCCUCCUCGGGACUCAGAAAUGGAGACUUUACAAAUUAGAUCCUAGCAUCAAGAAUGAGGCAACCCUUGACCAAAGCUAUGACCUCAAUAACCUGUAUCUGAACAAUAGAGGACCAGAGAUUGUCUUGAUGGAUAUGCAAAUGGAAAUGAUGCCAAUGAUGGCUAGGAAUGCACCAAUGCCAGUCAUGUAUAAAGCUAAUAUUGAAGAAGCUCCUCCUGCUUUAGAGAUUACUGAGGAAGAGGCUCCUGGAUCAGCAGGCUCUGAUGAUGAAGAUACAAGCGAUGGUGAAGAUACUAAUGAUGACAUUACUGCUGAAAGAGUUAACUUCAAGCAAACACAACUUUAUAGUCAAUUCGUGUUAGCAGAAAAAGGACAAUAUAAGGGAUCUUUUAAGCUAGGCGACCUUAUCACCAAAUUCAGGUUUGAUGUAAACACUGUAUCCAAGAAGGGAGUGUACGGAAUGCAUCAGUCAUACUUCAACGUCUUCAAUGAUUUCUAUGUUGAAUCAAACAUCCCAUUCUUCUUCACUAACCUUGACAAGAUUGAAGUGCCACUGAUUGUGCACAACGGGAAGGACACUGAUCUCCAAGUUGACUUAUCUGUUGCUACUUCUAACAGAAUAAACGCUUUGGAGUACUCUCUGUCUGAAGACAACACUAUCGUCCCAAAGAACUCUGUAAAGAAGGUAAUCAUCACCUUCAAAGCCAGAGCGAUUGCUGAAGAUGAAUUCAAAGUAAGAAUCACUGCGAAAGCAGGAUCAGACAUCUCAGACAGCUUCAUUUCAACAACAAGAGUUAUUGGAAGAGGCUUCCCCGUGACUAAAUCCCAGAGCGGAUUCGUUGGUAAGGUCGGGGAUGAAUUCAAGAAAGAUUCUGAGCUCGAGUUCAAUCUCCCUAGUACCUUCGAAGCAGGUUCACUGGAACUCCAAGCAAAGUUGUAUACUAGCCAGAUCGGAAAUAUCCUAGAUGCUUUAGAAAAACUGAUCAGAGAUCCCCAUGGGUGAUUUGAGCAGACCUCUUCAACUACAUAUCCUCUCGUAAUGGCUUUGCUCUUGAUGGAGGCUAUGCCUGAGAAGAACGAUAGAGUAACCAAGAUGAUCAUCGAUAGCAAGCAAAAACUCUCAGAUGGCUACCAAAAAUUGACCACAUUCGAAACAGAUACUGGUGGUUACGAAUGGUUCGGAGAAUCUCCUGGUCACGAAGCCCUUACCGCUUAUGGUCUUAUGCAAUUCAACGAGAUGAAGCAAGUCUUAGGAGAAGUCGACCAAGGAAUGAUCGAUCGGACUACUGACUGGAUUCUAAGCAAAAGAGAUGGCAAAGGAGGCUUCAAUAUGAACUCUCACGGACUCGACUCGUUUGGCAGUCCCCCACCAGACCUUUCUGAUGCUUACAUCUUGUGGGUCUUGACUAGCAUUGGUAAGGAUAUUGAUUUGGAAAAGGAGAUUAAGAAAAAUAUUGAAAAGGCUAAGGCCCAAGGAGACUCUUACCUCAACGCUUUGGUGGCAAACAUUUUAUAUAAUGUGAACAGAAUUGAAGAAGCCAACCAAUUUUCGAAAAUGCUUAAAGAGAGCCAGGAUAAAGAGACUGGUGAGGUCCAAAGAAAAGAAACUAGUAUUACUCGUUCAUCAGGAAAAAGCCUUAACAUUGAGACUACUGCCCUUGCCACUCUUGCAUGGAUGAAGGAUCCAUCCGGACAAUUUUCAGAUUCGACAGAACUCGGCGUGAAGUAUAUUGUUGGAAAUGUCCAAGAUGGCAAGUAUGGAUCAACCCAAGGCACAAUCCUAUCCCUAAAAGUUCUUAUCGAGUUUCUUAAAAACUCUAAACUCGAAGGAAGUGGCACUUUUGAAAUAUUUGUCGACGGAAACAGCGUUCAAAGCAUUGACUUCAGUAAAGAAGAUGAUACUCAGACUAUCGAGUUCAAUGAGAGCUUGCUAACCCACCUCCAAACUAACUUAGCCGCAUUCAAAAAGCAAUCUGACCAUAAGAUAAAAAUCGUACUGAAAAAUUUCAACGGGAAUGAAGAAAAAUUCAGACUGUCGUACUCGAUCCAAGCUACAUACAAAGAUUUGACCCCAAAAUCAAAUCCAGACUCAGACCUUAAAUUCUCUGUUGAGACUUCAACCGUGCUUGACACCGCAAAAGUUGGUGACAUUAGCACCUACAAUGUCAGACUCCAGAACAAGGAUCAAGAUAAUGGUAAAGGAAUGACAUUAGCAAUCGUCAGGAUUCCUAGCUGCCAAGAAAUUGACUACAACUCAUUGGAAAGACUUCAAAACGAAAACAAGAUUUCCUACUUCGAAGUAUUCAAUGGCAACUCAGAAGUCGUCCUAUACUGGAGAAGUCUCCAGCCAGGGGAUGUGAAGGAGGUCAGCUUGUCAAUGACUCAAUCUUACAACUCAGAUUUGUGCAUCACAAGACCUAGUAAGGCAUAUCUCUACUAUGAUGAAGAUGGAUCUCAAGUAUGGACUGAGUAAAUCAUAAAAUUCAACCUGAU